GGGGGGGUGUAAAUCACACACGCCCCCGUACCGGCCUCAGUCCGAUGGCUUGGUAGAGCAGGCCAAUCGCACUAUUCAGAUUGCUCUUCGGGCGUACGUCGUGGGUGAUCAGGCCUCGUGGGACAAACAUCUUUCCCUGGUGCAAUUUGCCUACAAUACAGGGGUCCACCGCUCUACCGGGUUUACUCCCCAUCUUGUCCUGUUUGGGAGGGAGGCCCGUCUACCCUUAGACUUGUUCUUACCUCCACCUAAUACCCCCGUCGAAACCCCUUUGCCUGUGUACUUGUCCAAUCUUCGGUCGUCUUUGGGUCAGGCUUUUGGCGUUGUAAGUGACCGCCUUGUAGCCCAGAGAGUGGCUAAGGCAGCGUACGAUCGCCGAACUAAACUACCCAGGGUAAAACCUGGGGACUAUGUUUGGCUCCACGCUGUUCCGCCCCCUGGGUCCAGCCCUAAGCUGUUCCGCCCCUGGACUGGCCACUGGCAGGUGGAAGUGGUGAAGGGAGUUGUGUGUGCUAUUGUCGGGGUGGGUCCUCCUCCUUCACCCCGACAUUCUAAGCACCUGACUGCGCAUGUGGAUAGGUUGUGGGUGGUGCAGGGUAAGGUAGUUGUUUCCCCAGGGGUUCCAGCUACCGGGCCCGCCACGCCUGAAAGACCGGCGGUUGCCUCCAUGGGUGGGCCUGCUCUGUUUCUGCCGGCCCCAUUUGCGUGGUCGAUCCCCGGGUUCGUUCAGCCCCCGGGUUACCUCCCCACACCUCCCCCAUCUCCGGUGGCUGUGCCCCCUGCUGGUGCUCAGGGUUCCCCUCCCUUGGUGGGUAGUCCCCCGGGCACCCCUGCCCCGAGUCCUCCUGAUUCUCCUCGCCUGGGUACCUCUUCCUUGCCGGGUAGUCCUUUGGUGACCCCGACGCAGAGCCCUCCGGUUUCUCCCACCCAUCCUACUCCGCCCGGGAUACUACAUCCUCGGCGGACGUGUGCCCUGCCCCUGGGUGGCUAUGCUGCCCUUGAGGAGGGUCAGUUAGACCUCUCGUGGAGGGGUUGAUAAUGUAAAUAUUUUAUACCAUGGAUACUCCCAGUUGGUUUUGUUUCGUCUUUCUCUUCUCUUUUUUCUUGUCUUUUUUGCUCAGUGUCGCCCUCGCCGACCCGGCCAUGGUGUUGGACCUAAUCGAGGAGUGGGAAACGUUUUUCGAUUCGCUUCCCGAAGACCUGCGUCCGACUUCCUUUCUGACCGCUCCCUCGCCGGUGAUGUCUGCAGCGCCAGCGGUGCCUCGCCGCCGACGGUCUCAGCGCGCUCGCCGGAGGCCCUGGGCACACCGAGCGGCGCAGCGUCGCGCCGCCCUCGCUGCUCUGUCACCGGCUGGUGAGGAAGGAUUUUUUUAUGUGGACGUAUGUUGUCCCUGCCCUUUUGGAGGCUACCCGUGCCACUCAACAUUUCCAAACACUCACUGUUUCCAUUGGUGGCAAGUCAGCACACAAGCACUAGUACUGUGGCCAGUAUUGUGGCUAGUACUGUUGUUGGUACUCUGGCCCAGCUACCCGUGCCACUCAACAUUUCCAAACACUCACUGUUUCCAUUGGCGGCAAGUCAGCACACAAGCACUAGUACUGUGGCCAGUAUUGUGGCUAGUACUGUUGUUGGUACUCUGGCCCAGCUCUCUCCUCCUACAGAUCAUAACCACACAGUUGGUAUGAGAGCAUUUUCGCACGAUGGAUGACGAGUCUCUUGACCAACAGCUCUCUGACAUGACAGCAUGGGAGAGUGACGUCUUCACAGAACUUCGGCCUGACCUGGUUUCCACGCUAACUCCAGGUGAUAUGCGUCGCCAGUGUGAGGCUAAGAAGUUGAUUACGCGUGCACAGCGUCAGCUAUUUGCAUCAAACACUGGCCGUGCAGCGCAGAAUGAGGAAUUGCUCGAUGCACUAAGCACUGGUGAUGACGAAUCCUUCCACACCUUCCUUAAAUGCAUCCGUAAAGUCGAGCCACCAGCCAGCGCGAGAAGGUUAUUGGCCAAGCUGGAACCCGUCGACAAGUUCCAGCAGCCCGGCAGUACUGCUGAGGCCGCAUUAGCGUCUGCAGGAGCAUCUGCUGCUGAUCCAGUGGGUGUACAACCGCCUAUUGCUCUGCAGCCCGGUGCAGCCUUAGCUUGCUCCUCCACUGGUAGAUCACCAUCAUCAAUGUCAGGUCCUUCUACCACGGCAGAGACUACAUUUGGUCUGAGUCAGACCUGUAUGAGUGCAUCCACCCAAGCCACUACAACACAUCCCAUUGCUAGCUCAGCUAACACUAGCACUGGCAGCUUUACAGCUGAUGGUAAUGCUGCUGGGAGAGGAACUGCAUUGCAGCAGAGUACACAGCAACCAGCGUCAGUCCACCUUGAAAACACGGCACAGCUGGCAGCAGCUGCAGCAGUAAGACAUGCUUCUUCACUGCCUCUCGAGCCGCAAGCCAAGAGGGCCCUACUUAGCAGUGUUGGUAGAGCUUUCACCGAGGAAAUGUCCAGGCAUAUUGACUAUGUGUCUGCUUCAAGUAUGGCUCAUACCAGUCCAGAUUCCCAGGCCUCUCUGCGGCAGAAGUCUCAGUUCCUCCUGGACAGCCCCGAAAUGUCUGAAGGUGACUCAGGGUUGUCCGGCUCUGCUGCUAGCUCAGACACCGAAGAGUGGACAGAAGAUGAUCUGCGCAAUGCUCGAGUCACGGUUUUUAUGGACAGCAAAUUCAGGACAUCUGCUGACUGUGAUGGAAUUAUAUUGGACAGUUUAUCUAAACAGCACUUCAAUGAGACUAAUAUCAGAAUCAAAUCGACGAGCAGAAGAAGUGCUCCUGCGCUCACACAUGUUGAAGGAAAAGGAGGAGAUAUUAGGACAUUGGUCAAAAUCAUCAUCAACGGACAACCUGACGACUACACAAAACAAAGGAUCCGAAGUGAAGUGAUUGAGGACCUGGAGCACCUUACCUUCUCCGAGGAUCAAAUUCAGGUCAUCUACAAAGGCGACUGGGAUUCCAUCCAGGUCGCACUGUUGCUUCCAAUGAGGACACUGGGUCAUCUACUCUACCUUGCAGUACACUAUCCUGGACUGCUGCGAGGCCUGGGUAUACUUCAAAUCAUCGACAUCUCCUCAUUGACCAUAAUUGACUUUCGAGAGAUAACAGGCAACUCUAGCAGCUCCACUGUGGCCUUAGACGAGUUGACAGAGGAUGAUGGAGUGCUGUCAGAGGACAAUGAGGAUGAUGAGGAUGAGGAUGAUGUUGAAGUUCUGCCACAGAGCUAUGACAAUGAGCUGGAGUUUUCGAGGCGCACUGACGUAGCUGCUGCUGCUCAGCACCACAUCUCGCAGCAGGAAUACGACCAGCUAAAUAAUUGCAGUAAGGACUUCCAGCUUGUGCUGGCAGUCAUUAUGAGGUCACACAGGAAAGACCAGAAUUUCCUCUCCGCAAUCCGGACUUGCAUUUCCAACGAAUUGCUCUCCAGUGUUGAUAUUGAGCAACCGGAAUCUGUUAAGGUCACAGGAGUCGGAGCAGACCCACCUGUAACCGUGCCAACUAAGGAAGAAACGACAGCAGCAGCUGCGUCAGCAGGAUUUGCAGUGUAUCCAUCCAGCCCAACUGCAACAAAUCCAUUGCCACUUGGACAGCAAUUAGCACCACUGUCUCCACCAAUGAAAAGCGGAACUGCAGCAGCAAGAGGAGGGCCUGGAGGAGGAGAAGCAGUAGUAGCAGCAGCAACACAAGCAGUAGCAGCAACACCAGCAGUAGCAGCACCAGCAGUAGGAGCGCCAGCAUUAGCAGCACCAGCAGUAGCAGCACCGGCAGUAGCAGCACCAGCAGUAGCAGCAACACUAGCGGUAGCAGCACCAGCAGUAGCGGCACCAGCAGUAGCAGCAACACUAGCAGUAGCAGCACAAGCAGAAGCAGCACCAGCAGCACCAGCAACACCAGCAGCAGCAGCACCAGCAGUAGCAGCAGCAGCAGUAGCAGCAGCACCAGCAGUAGCAGCACCAGCAGUAGCAGCACAAGCAGUAGCAGCACCAGCAGUAGCAGCACCAGCAGUAGCAGCACCAGCAGUAGCAGCACGAGCAGUAGUAGCAACAGCAGUAGCAGCAGCAGCAACAGCAACAGUAGCACCAAUAGCAGCAACAGCAUCAUGGGCAUCUCGAGCAACAGCAAAGCUGGAACCAGGAACAACCGAAACCAAAUCAACUAUGCCAGUACUUCGUACUUAUUCAGGACCAAUCUGCUAUAACUGUGGACAAGUUGGUCACUUUGCCCGCGAUUGUGAGAAGGAGCGUGCAGAGGAGAAGACUUGUUAUACCUGUGGAAAGAUGGGGCACGUUGCGAGAGACUGCACACAAGCACCAGAGAGUGAGUCUCGUAGUGGCUUCGGUGGUGGUGGCAGCAGCGGAGACUGCUACGAAUGUGGCGAGGAGGGACAUUUUGCCCGCGACUGCCCCAAGCGUGGCCAGCGCACCUCUACUUGCUACAAUUGCGGCGAGGAGGGUCACUUUGCCCGCGAGUGCACCAACGAGGCGGCAUCCUGUGGUGACUCCAGUGGUUUCGGUGGCGGCUCUGGCUUCGCCGGCGGCUCUGGCGGUGGUGGUGGCUCCUGCUUUGGUGACUCCGGUAGCAAUAGCACCUGCUACAACUGUGGUCAGACGGGCCACUUUGGCCGUGAGUGCCCCAAUGGACGCUCCAGCGGCGGUGGUGGAGGUUUUGGUGGGGGCGACAGCGGUGGUCGCAUUUGCUACAACUGUGUCGAGACUGGUCAUGUUGCUCGUGACUUCCCCAACGCUAGCGACUCAGAAUUGCUCUCCAGUGUUGAUAUUAAGCAACCGGAACCCGUCAAGGUCGCAGGAGUCAGAGUAGACCCACCUGUAACCAUGCCAACUGAGGAAGAAACAACAGCAGCUGCAUCAGCAGGAUUGAAAGUGUAUCCAUCCAACCCGACUGCAACAAAUCCAUUGCCACUUGGACAGCAAUUAGCACCACUGUCUCCACCAAUGAAAAGCAGGACUGCAGCAGCAAGAGGAGGGCCUCGAGGAGGAGAAGCAGUAGUAGAAGCAGCAACACCAGCAGUAGCGGCAACACCAGCAGUAGCAGCAACACCAGCAGUAGCAGCACCAGCAGUAGCAGCAACACCAGCAGUAGCAGCAACACCAGCAGUAGCAGCAACACCAGCAGUAGCAGCAACACCAGCAGUAGCAGCACCAGCAGUAGCAGCAACACCAGCAGUAGCUGCAACACCAGCAGUAGCAGCAACACCAGCAGUAGCAGCAACACCAGCAGCAACAGCAGCAGUAGCAGCAACACCAGCAGUAGCAGCAGAAGCAGUAGCACCAAUAGCAACAGCAGAAGUAUGGGCACCUAGAGCAACAGCAAAGCUGGAACCAGGAACAACCGAAACCAAAUCAACUCUGCCAGCACCUCGUACUUAUUUAGAAUUGCCCUCCAGUGUUGAUAUUGAGCAACCGGAACCCGUCAAGGUCACAGCAGUCAGAGCAGACCCACCUGUAACCAUGCCAACUAAGAAAGAAACAACAGCAGAAGCUGCGUCAGCAGAAUUUGCAGUGUAUCCAUUCAGCCCGACUGCAACAAAUCCAGUGCCACUUGGACAGCAAUUAGCACCACUGUCUCCACCAAUGAAAAGCAGGACUGCAGCAGCAAGAGGAGGGCCUGGAGGAGGAGAAACAGUAGUAGUAGCAGCAACACCAGCAGUAGCAACACCAGCAGUAGCAGCAACACCAGCAGUAGCAGCAACACCAGCAGUAGCAGCAACACCAGUAGUAGCAGCAACACCAGCAGUAGCAGCAACACCAGCAGUAGCAGCAACACCAGCAGUAGCAGCAACACCAGUAGUAGCAGCAACACCAGCAGUAGCAGCAACACCAGCAGUAGCAGCACCAGCAGUAGCAGCAACACCAGCAGUAGCAACACCAGCAGUAACAGCAACACCAGCAGUAGCAACACCAGCAGUAACAGCAACACCAGUAGUAGCAACACCAGCAGUAACAGCAACACCAGCAGUAGCUGCAACACCAGCAGAAGCAGUAGCACCUAUAGCAGCAACAGCAUCAUGGGCACCUCGAGCAACAGCAAAGCUGGGACCAGGAACAACCGAAACCAAAUCAACUUUGCCAGCACCUCGUACUUAUUCAGAAAUGCCCAGCUCAAACAUGGCCAGACUGGGUGCACCCACGCAAAGACAGGAGAAGGAACUUGCAGCAUCUCAAGACAGUCCGGAAUUUUUGACAUCGCCGGAACGAGAAGCCAUAACCAUACGGAAACAACUACCUCCACCCCUUCUGCAAGUUUUACUGGACAGAAUCCGCCGGGAAACUAACCAGCAAUCUCCACUGGUUGUUCGACUUCUGGGUCAACCUGGCGGAGGAAAGUCAUCCCUUCUGGAAUCAAUUCUACACCGUCGCAGUUUCUUUGGCAAAGUCAAAAAUGUCUUCCGCGGUGACCAAUAUGACACGAUUUUGGCCUCCAGGACACGAGGUAUGCGACGUUACGUGGAUACGUACGGUACGAUAUACCUCGACCUUGGAGGUCAGUAUCGAUUCAUGUCACAACAUCAGCGACUGACGAAAUUCUCCGACGUCUGGACUCUCAAUUUGCUCACGGUGUCGGGCAUGGAGUCCAUCGUGAAUAUGAGACGCUGGGUCCGCACCUGGGCAGAUUUCAUUGCCUGCAGCUGCGCAGAGGGCACAACCACUCGCAACAAAGCUCUUAUUGUUGUGACACGCCGGGACCGACUCUCCAAGGAGCAAGUGAUCGCUAUUGAGAAGGAGUUUGCAGCGCUGCAGAAAAUCUUAGGCGAGCAUCUGGAUUUCCUGGAUGAGCCGAUCCCUUUCGUCAAUGCCAUCAAUGAGAAGUGUGAAGGUGUGGCUGCAUUGAGGGAAGUGAUCCAACGACACAAGGAAAAGGUGCAACAAGCAUCUGGACCUGAUUCGGAGGUGGUUGUGUCCAUUUCGGAGGCACUUCUGGAGAAUGUUCGUGAUCAAUGCAGAGACAGUCCUGCUAUCAGCACCGACCAGUUUGUGGAAUUUCUGGCUACAGCAAUUGCUCGCUUCGAUAACAACUACGGUGACUCUUCAAUACCAGUUGUGCUGAAAGCGCUGAAGGAAUUCCUGGAUGUCAACAUGGAGCUGUUCAACCUCCAUCAGAAAGCGCAGGUAUUCUAUUUUCCGGAUGCCAAGCUGGUGGUUGUUCAACCUCUAUGGUUGAUGAGUGACAUCACAGGAAAAAUGUUCUCGCCAAAGUCAUUUCCUCCACCGACCCUUAUCUGUGAUGAGUUUGGAUUCGCUUCACGCAGCCAUGUCAUUGAAGUACUGGCCACAGAUUCGCCGAUGUGUGGUGAAGACGCUCUCGACAUUGCCGUACGCCUAGGUAUGUGUCAUGUAACCGAGGAUGGUGAGCAAGUCAUGAUUCUUCCUGCGCAGGCUGAAUCACGCACUAGUCUGCACUUGGAGAAAGCCAACCCCUACCAGCACCUCCACUACACUGGUCGCCGUCUCUACUGUAAGUUCGGUGUCGCUAUCAGCGCGGCGUUGAUGCCCGCCAUACAAAUCUCACUCGUCAACUCCUUCGCCAAGUGUCCUGUCUGGCAGGGAGGUGUUCGUGUUUCGCUACCUCAGUACGUGAACACAGACACACUGGUGGAGAUCCCACACGGUCAGCUCGCGCUCAACAUCAUAACCAGAGGGCCCGACCAGCGUAGCGUGACUUCUCAGCAGGAAGCUAUCUGGGAUCACAUCUCUGCUCUUCCUCGCCAACAAUCUCCUGGUUCUGACAUGUCAACGGUGUUCGUUGAUGAUGGGUGCCUGCCAAGUAGUAACCUUCUGCGACAGCGGGAUCUGCAAGGAGACCUGAAUGCUACCAUGGAGUUCCUUGUCAGUGAGCGAGUGCGUGCUCAGUUAGUCAUGCCUGAUGAGCGGGAGCCCGACACAAGAAAAUUUCAUCUGUAUGCUGGCUCUGCAAGCUGCUGUAAUGCAGAUACGGUCGAGGAACGUCGCAGAGCCGCUCGUCUCUGCUCAGCCUUCUAUCGGCAUCGCAUUCUUCUGCGCCCUGAUUUUCCACUGCGCUACUGUCUUCUCAAACUGAGAGAAUGUGGACAGGUGAAUACAUCCUUUCUGAAUGACUUGGACGAUUUUUUGCGGAAAGACCAGACCCAGAUGGCUGCUGAUCUGUUUCGUGGGUCGAUUUCCGACUUGCCUGACAGUGUGGUGCUAACCCUAGUGGAUGAAGUCCUUCCCAAGAUACCCAGUGCCAAAGAUCUGUAUCAGGCAAUGCUGGAGUGUCCAGGUUGGAUCCUCUGUACUGUCAGCCCUAGUGAUAGCCACUCCACGACUGCUGCUUCUGAUGACGUCGCCAGACCAGCAACUGAUGAGUACAAGCGUACUGAGUUUGAGGCUCUCCUUGAUCGGCCAUGAUGCCUCUGUUGUCAUGACUACCCAGGCGAUGUUUCUCUGGGAUCUUUCGCUACUGCUGACUUCCAAUUGUCCAUUAGACUUGUAUCGAUCGUCUCCACUUGGACUUACCCUGUGAAGUAUAGGUCCAGGAUGGAUUGAUGAUAAGCUGAUGUAUUAUGAUUUCCUGCAUGUGGUUUAAAGCCGCGUUUCAACAGCUUGUUCCCUUGAAAUGGUUUCACUGUCCUUGAUCUCUUCCUGAUGAGGAAAUAUUUCCGGCAACAUGUAUUCUGUUUUCUCUGGGAAGUGCCACGGUUGUGCAUUGGUGUUCACUGUCCACAAGUUCAUCAUGAUGAUGAUGGUGUCAUGCCCCAUAGUAAUGAUGUCAUGCACUAAUCCAUGCUUUCAUGCCCAUGGUGAUGAUGUCAUGCCCCGUAGUGAUGAUGUCAUGCCCACGUCGUUGAGCAAUGCACACUCCUUAUCUAUUUUGCUGUUAUUCAAAUCCCAAUUUCAGCUCUACAUUUUGUAUUCACUCACUCUUGUCUUGUAUUACCAGCUCAGUCCACUGGACAGUGAGCACUCUGAACAGCCUGAUGAUGCAGUCAUGUACAUAGAAACUUGUACUGAUACCUAUGUGAGUAGAAGGUGAACCUCUUUCAGUAGUCUAAGUAUGGUGUUAUGGCAAAUCACUGCCGCUAGCCUUUGGGUGUCAUUACGUUCAUGGUAAUUCCAAUGCAUGCCCGAAUCAACGUGCCCUUCUUUGGUGUCAGUUAUGCUGUGUGCACGCGUAGAGGUGAUACAUGUACAUUUAUUGUUCCUGUGUGGACCAGUCUAAUCAUAAUUAUUCCUGGCUGUUCUUUUGUCCUAUUCAUGCUAUUCAUGAUGCAUGUAGUAGUAGUAGUGCAUCGUGUUGUGUUGUUAUGCAUGUCUCAUGUGCCGUUUCCCGCGCGCGCGUGAAACGGACUUCGCGGCUUGUAGUUUCUGUGCAUAAUUAGUUGAGUCGGCGUCUUGUUGUUUGGACUGGAGACUACACCGAGUUGUGUUCUUUUCGUUGUUUCAGUCAGUUACAGCUUGCAGUUAUUCCUCUCGUGUAGUUCAGUUGCUUUGCUAGUGUCUCAUCCUGAAGUAAAGAUUAUUCGUUAUUA